AUGACGGCGACAUUGAAGUUUCAGCACACAAGACAGUCGUUCAGGUUGUUUAUUUUGUUACUUAUUUUGGUACUGUACACAUGUGUUUGUGCCGUCGUCUUUAACUCUCUUGAAGUAGCUAACGACAAACUUCAGUACGAGAUAUAUCAAGGAAAGAAAAAGCACUACAAACAGAAGUAUAACAUGAGCGAAGAAGAUUUCAUUGAGUUUAUCACCGACGCUAAUGUUCUUGUCAAGCGUGGAUAUGCUAAAAGCUACAAAAAUUACUGGAAUUUUUAUCACGCGUUUUGGUUCACGACUACGGUGGUAACUACCAUGGGUAAGUAUUAUGUAUUGCGAAUAACAUUUAUUAAAUAGACUGUCACUGUCAAAAGGAAGGUUGAAGGCUAGGAGAGAUAACAGAAAGGAGAGGAUGUUUGGAUCGGCUAAAGUCUUGACAGAUUUUUAUUUUUCGUUUCGUCAAAGUCAGACUUAAUAUUUUGAAGCACUUUCCCACACUGUGCGUCUAGUUUUGCUGUAUCUUAUGCGUACACCGCAAGGGAAACGAGGUUUUCCCUAUAUUCCUCAGAGAUUUUACUGCUAUUACUGUUUUCAUAACAAUUUGGCAAACGUACGAGAAAAAGUGUUCAUCUGCCUUCGUAGAAAUAUCAAACAAAGAAGUGGCAACGUCGGCAGCCAAAAGCUAUUCGAGGGGUUCGCGAGGUCGAAAACCUUUCGUUAAACAGCUAACACGCUGGUUUUUAGCGCAAAGUGAAUAAACACAUUUUAUAAUGAUAUUAUGCAAUUUAAAACGAUGCUUCUUCGACUGUUAGGUGCCGAUACAGCUUAAUCCAUCAAAUAUUACAAUUGCAACUUGGAGUUUGUAAUGAUCGAAAACCAGUUAUUAGCUUUUCCUUCAUGGCUAAAAAACUGACCGUAAAACAAACAGAUUGUUAUGAACACGCUUUGACAUUAUAAGUGAUUUUGUGAAAAUCACAAGAUAACAGUCUCGAUUCUUUACUUUUAGCGGCUUCUUCAGUGAAUGAAUCGGUUUACUUUGAAGUGAGUUUGACACAAUUGAUUGCUGUCCAUUUUCUGUUGCCAGAGCUUCACUAUUCUUUUCAGCAUUUCGGUUACACCCAGUUCUAAGAAACAUCACCAUUUGAAUUACAAAAGUUUCACAUUUCCAGAAGCUCAUAUAUUCACAUAUGAAUCGCACAUGUUUCGAUGAAAGAUAUAACAAAAUAUUAAUUGCCGAUCAAUUUUUCAUCCGUUCUUUGUUUUUGUUUUUUUUCUUUAACCUCAGGCGAAAUAAUAAAUGCUGUCGCAUUUUCAGAUCGUUUCAUCGGAUAAAACCUUCCCAGGUUUACAUUAGACUUAAAAUUACCUAAUGAACGAUUUAAACUUAAAGUUUGACCGAUUCGAAAGAUCUGUCUUCACAACACACUUAAUUCGAUACACGAACGAAUGAAAGGCACAACCAAAAUUUGGCACUUUGCUGCUUGUCAUAAUUUUGAAUAUUGUUAAAGUUAUAUUUUUUCUUGUUUAAACUUAUUUACCUUUAUCUAUGGUUCAUUAUCAUCGCUGCCGACCCAUAUCACCAUAAAUGGCUGCAGACAAUCCUUAAUCAAUUACACAAACUUUAUUUAGUCAUUCCUCUGGUGGGUCAUCGCUCGAGCAGAGAGAUUCUACACUUGGAAAAUUCCCAUCACCCGUCAUGAGCUUCAGGAAACAAAGAAAGAGUGCUAAGGACUGGCGAGAAUUCAUUUUUUUGUUGUUGUUAAUCUUGCCACGAGUUAAAUAGAUUAUACGUUUUUGCGCUCCUUUCACAUAUAGAGAAAGUUGCAUUUAUUUCAUACGCACUGAGAUUCACGCCGUGAAUUGGACGAGCGAUGUCUUUCAGUUUCACAGUCGUUCGCUUCCAAUCUUUGAAAUUUGUCGGUCAUUAGGAAAAAAUUCUCAGUGUUUAUGAAAUAUAAACAUCAUACUAUGGAAAGCGCGCACGAACGAUUUUAAUUCACUAAAAAAUCUCCCUCGUUCGCUGCGCUUACCAGUUCGUUUUUUUUGAUGCAUCGCAACUCGAUCGUGAAUAAAAACCUCUAUAUCAUCGAGGGUUGAAAGAUUGCUCGUUGCACAUGCAAUAGAUAACGCAAAACACAAUAACGCCGAAGAGUUAUCUCUUUCUUCAGCAUGAGCUAGGAAACGCCAAGAUACUUUCCUUCUAUUGUCAGAAAUUGUGACCUUUUGAAUGAUGUCGCACUCGAGUCAAGUACUUAUUUUUGGGAAAGCCUUAGAUCAAGUUACGUCGCUUUGCUCUUAGUGUUCGAUACUAUAGUUGGCAACGGAUACAACUGGCAUCUCCUCUCUUUUGUUGAAACAAAAGACUGCUAAGCUUUUUCCGUCCACACAAUUUGCGACGCUUUGCUCUAAGUGCUCGUCACUACAGUUGGCGACGGAUCGAACGGGCAUUUUUCUUUUCGUUGAAACACGAGAUUGCUAAGCUUUUUCCCUCCACCCAAUUUGCGACGAAAAUACCUCUGGCAAGUGCUACCCUCAAAGAAAACCCAAACAUAACUAAACGCUGAAGGCUACGCGAACCACCGACCAAUUAGAUUCAAAACUAUAAAAACAAGCCCGACUUGCUCAUACACGUUUGUUGUUUGAACUUUUGAGACAAUUUCGGCGAGCUCUCAUAAAAUUUCGUAUUGAAUGCUUUUUAUUUAAUUUACAGCUUUUCAGCUACUUGUAAUUGAAAAAAAAAUUGGAGAUGUUUGAGAAAAGGGGAGGAACGAGAGGCUUUUAGAGUUUAACUGAAACCAAGGUGUUUGUUUUUGUGAGUGCACGUAUAGUCAAACUUGUAUUUAGCGAUCACCCAGGGGCGUGGCGGGGUGACCGCUUGGUUGACCGCUUAAUACAAGAUAGGAGUCAGACGCGUUAAAAAAAAAAACAACGACAACAAGAGCAACAAAAACAAAAACAAAAAACAAACUAAAAAACAAGCCAAAAAUAGACCCCUAUUUUCUCCCAACAGUCCCCAAAAAAAGAUUAUCUGCAAUGCGUUGAGGACAUUUCAACUCAAAGUCACAGUAACAUUGAUUUCAGGAGAUAAAAUGGAAUAAAUUGACUUGAGAAAUUAUCUUAAGUUUUAUUAAAGUGGAUCGGCCUUAGUGACCGUUCAAUACAGGUGGAGGAUAUUACAAACAGGACGUUGGGACUCAGUCAAAGGUGACCACGACCGCUUUAUAGAGGUGAAAAUUAUAGUACUUAAGGGAAAAAUUACGAGACUCUGUCAAUCGACCGCUUAAUACAGGGUGACUGCUUCAUACGGGUUCCACUGAAAUGUCUUCCAUGUCCUCGUCUCUGUUCCAUGUCCCCAGCACAAAAGCAACAAAGUGCUUGAUCAAUAGUCUGAUUCGAUUUUUGAAUUUAUAACAGCACGAUAAGAAAAUCGGUUCAAGUUGCGGGUUGAAUGUCACUGCAAUAUCAGGGCGAAAAUUUCGAACACAUAAAUGAUGCAUUGAAAUCUUCACGCGCAAACUACAAUCAACGAAGAUAGCGCUACUGUCUGGCUGUAUCACAACCACUCAUUGUAAGUCCUUCGCCGAUUCGCAAAGUUAUCGCAAGAAAUAUUAUUGGGUAAGAACCAAUCACAACAUAGCACUUCUAUCUAGCCUCAACAACUUAAACAACUUCUAUAUAGGAAACCGAUCAGUUUUCGUUUUCUUCCUUACAUAUCUUUUUCCUUGUUUACAGGUUUUGGACAUAUUGUUCCUCUUACAUUUGGUGGCCGGCUUUUUUGCAUAUUCUGUGCCUUGCUUGGGAUUCCUCUAAAUCUGGUCGUGCUUAAGACAGUCGGUGAACGAAUUAAUCAAUACAUCUACAACACUAUAAAACAUGUCGAGAAAAAAUACCGCAAACGGAGGCACCCCUCCCAUGUGGGGAUCAAAGCUGCGGUGGUUUCGUUCCUAAUGAUGGUAGCAGUCCUUCUUGUGGGUGGAGCUUCUGACAUGAUCUUUGACGGUUGGACAUUUUUUGAUGGGGUUUAUUUCAAUUUCAUCGCCUACAGCACAAUUGGGUUUGGUGAUCUUUUUCCUCGGGUGGAGGAGUCGUCGAAACUGGACAAACUUGGUCUGGGUGAAAACGGCAAGCGUUUGUUUGCUUCUUUUGUAAUGAUGACAUUUACGAUCUUGGGAUUAUCAGUGACUUCAACUGUCAUUUGCUCAAUCUUGAACGCGAUUGACGAAAUGUCACACGUGCCCGCGACCUGGAGGACUAAAUCUACAGACUCCAAUAAGGAUCCUGGCUCAGUCAAGUUAAGAAGCUUAAAUAAGAAAAUAAGCAAAGAGAAGAUGGAGAUAGAUAAACAAGAACUGAACGAAAAGAGCGACAAAGAUCUACCACAUGAACAAUCUGGUGAAGUAAGCCACUUUCCAAAGAGUUUUUGUUGA